GAGGAAGACGUUUCCACACCGCUGCCAUGCCUGCGUUCCUGCCUCUCGGGGGGGGGCGGGCCUCGUCGUCGUCGUCGUCGUCGUCGUCGUCGUCGUCGCCCUCGCCGUCGUCAGCGCAGCCCCGCUGGGAUGGCGUUCCUGCUGGCGCGCGCCUUCGGCGGCGCCCGUGCGCCUGCUGGCUCAGGGGACGCGGGCGCCUUCGACAAGCUGCCGGUCUUCGGCAUCGACACCGAGGACGCAGGGUUCUGGCGGUCCAUGUCCGCGGACACGGCGAAGGAGAGUCCCACACUCUGAAGCAGUUCGAGGCAGGCCCCUGGGAGCGGCAGCUCUCCGAGGGCCGCUCAGGUACGGGAACGUUCACUCGGCAGAUCUCGGAGGGCGCUUACGAGCAGUCGCCAGCUCCCCGAGGGCGCUGCUUCUCUGACAGCAUCGUCUGCAAGGGCUUGAAUCCGGCUGGGAACUCGGAGGCCUUGCAGCGCUGCGGCAGCAAGGAAUUCCCUGAUCCUGGCGGCAUGGGAAAGAACGACGCUCGGGUGGAGGCUCUGCGGAGGGCGGAAAUGCUGGCGCGUUUCGACCACAGCUACGACGGUCGCAGGCGGUGAUGUUAUACCUGCAGCGUAGUGGGCUCUGCUGGACGCAUAUGGCACCACAUUCGUAACAUUCACCGUCGAACGGUUUGCCAGGCUACCUGCACGCAUACCCACAGGUACCAUUCAGGUGAGGUGAGCACUUUUUUAAGCAAGCUGUGCCAUGUGGCCAGCCCACGCUCCACCUACCUCGAUCUUGCCAGGGCCCGCAGGACCUGUCUCGAUCGAUCUCGGAGCACCCGCAGGACCUGUCACGAUCUUUUUCCAGGUCGCCUGAUCUGUCUCUUCUCUUCUGUCUCCAUCUUCGUCUCUUUUUGUCUCCGUCUGGGCGGGCUGCGUUGCGUUGAGCGCAACUACGUGCUGCGCGUUGCUGCUGAUCGCUUCAUAAGGAAGCGAAUGUUUAA